AUGUGCACAGUUACACUUAGAACCAUCACCAUAAACCUCAGAGACCGGUGUGACGUUCAGGGGCAGGAGGACAGGACGGUUCUGGGGUUGGAGCUGGACAAGGACCAUCACGCCUUGUUCGUGGCGUUCACCAGCUGCGUCAUCAGAGUGCCGCUCAGCCACUGCACCCGACACGGAGCCUGUAGGAAAGCCUGCCUGGCCUCUCGUGACCCAUACUGCAUCUGGCUGCGGACCGGGAGCUGUGCCAACAUGGCGCCGGGUUUCAAGGCCGGGUUUGAACAGGAUAUCGAGGGCGACCACUCGUUUCACCCGGACAGCUGCCACGCUGAUGUGUUGGCGACGACACGGAACCAGGAGUCUGCAGCCGACUCCGCCUACGGUGUGCGUCGUCUCCCAGAGAUGGACCAGCGCUCCGCCGCUAACGUCCACUACACGCUGCUGAUCGCCUGCGUGCUCGUGGCCUUCUUCCUGGGCGCCAUCUUGUCGGGUUUCCUGGUGUCGUGUUACUGCGGCCGCAGCGCCGCUCAGCGGGCGAGGAGGCUGGGGAAGGACCCCGAGGCGUCGCUGCCUCACGCCCUGUCGCUGAGGUCGCUCGCCAAGCUCAACGGCCUGCUGGACGGACAGCCCAAGGAGGACAAACUGGACGUGUCCACCCCGAAGAUGUACAGCUCCUUCAUCCCCAACGGCCGGGCGGAGCCUCACCUCCACCCCCCCGGACACCAGGGCCUGCAGCUGGGAGACCCCGACCUCAGCCUGUCCCAGUCCCUGUCUCAGGCUGAUGGAGAGCUGUCCGGCCUGCCCACGCCCGACUCCACCCCCGAGCUCCCCAUCAAGAACAUGAAGGCCCUGCGGCACCAUCAGUACGAGAAGAACCAGAACUGCAACAACGCCAAGGACAACAACCCCAUAUCCGGGCCCAGCUGCUCCGGGUCCAGUCUGGGCUUCAUGGCCGUGGUCGGGAACUCUAUGACCCAGCAGGUGUUUCCGUUCUCUCAUCACCACGGCAACGGUCUGAGCAACGGAGCGGCCCUCGGAGCGGGAGCCUCUUCGACUUCGCUGCACCUCCCUGAGGAGAGGAAGGUCUUGACUGAGGAGCGAGCAGGAGGAGGAGCAGGAGGAGGAGGAGGAGGAGGAGGAGUCCCCCAUCACCACCACUCCCAGCAGUCCCUCCCCCAGGCGGUGGUGGACGUGUCGGCGCUGGACGAGCUGCUCAAACACAUCCAUGAGGUCAGCGCGUCGGGGACCGGAGGCAUCAAAGUCCUGACCUCCACCUCCUCCUCCUCCCUGUUCCCCGGGCCCUCCUUGUCCUCCUCUGGUGGACUUCAUCACAAUCACCACCAUCAUCCUCAUCAUAGUAAUAGUAAUAAUCCCCACGGCCAGACCCGCACCCACCACUACAACCACAGCCAUCACCAUAGCAACCACCACAACAACACACAGCAGGUGAUUCUGGAGAGACCCGGAGGGAGCAACGUCUCCGUGACUCGCCACCUCUCCCAGCGCCAGUCGCUCAUCAAAAUGGGCAGCGGGGGCGGCGCCGUGCCACGCCACCACAGCUUCAACCAGCGGGGGGGCAGCACGCACACUUUCUCGCCAGGAUGA